UAUGUGACGAUAGCGGCAGUUGUUCAUCCCUGCGCAGGGUGCAUGCUGUAUCCCUGAAUCCAAAUAUGGACCAAAGCAAUGACGGAAACUUGUCCCAGGUCCAGCAUGUUGUGCUGGUGUUGUCAGGGAAGGGAGGUGUUGGAAAGAGCACCAUCACCACAGAACUUGCUCUGGCUCUCCGGCAUGCUGGGAAGAAGGUCGGUAUCCUGGAUGUUGAUCUAUGUGGACCCAGUAUUCCUCGCAUGCUGAAUGUGGGUCAGACCGACGUGCACCAGUGUGACUCUGGGUGGGUGCCGGUUUACACUGACGCCCAGAAGAGUCUGGCCCUCAUGUCCAUUGGCUUCCUACUGGAGGACCCAGAUGAAGCAGUGGUGUGGAGGGGGCCCAAGAAAACAGCUAUGAUCAGCCAGUUUGUGUCAGAUGUAGCGUGGGGAGAGCUGGACGUGCUGCUGGUGGACACGCCGCCUGGGACGUCCGACGAGCAUUUGGCUGUACUGGAAAACCUUAAAAAGCACAGAGUGGACGGAGCCAUUUUGGUCACAACACCUCAGGCAGUAUCGACUGGCGAUGUGAGAAGAGAGAUCACCUUCUGUAAGAAGACAGGAGUGCGGAUCCUCGGCAUUAUAGAGAACAUGAGUGGCUUUGUUUGUCCACACUGCUCUGAAUGCAGCAACGUGUUCUCCAAGGGUGGUGGUGAGGAGCUGGCUAAACUGACCGGAUCAGUAUUCCUAGGUUCAGUGCCCUUGGAUCCUCUUCUCAGCACCAGCAUAGAAGAAGGCAAAGAUUUUAUACAGUCGUUUCCUGACAGUGCCACCUUCAGCGCCAUUAGCAGCAUUUCUCAGACUCUGCUCAGCAGCCUCCAAACAGCUUGAGGCAGGAUUAUUUUGUUUUUGUAUCAUAAUGCAGAAUGAUGUCAUAUUGUAGAUGUGUCGCAUUUUUACCUGUAUAGAUAAACAUCAUAUAAAACCGUU